AUGGAGCCUUCUAUCCCAGUUGUGGGGAGGAGGGUCGCUACUGUUAGCGACAUGAUCCAAUGGCUUUGGCAUGAUGGAUUCUACCGUGGUGAAGUCGGCUGGUCGGCAGAAUGGGAUCCAGGUGCAAUAUUCGGAACCCCUAAUUCUACCUCAGGACCAUAUGUCUUUGGCGUUUCCACAUUGUGUGGCGAGAAAGCUGGCCGACCGCUACAUCUUGAACCAAAUGUCGAUAAAAUUUCUGACGUAGCUGUGGAGGGAGCUGCGAAUGCAGGGUCUCCAGAAACACUCUAUGGAGACGCCCAUGCGAAGUACGUUAAAACGAUGAUCAGACAACAUAAAAAGUUGCUUCCGGAUGCUCUUCAGGAAAUCGAUCAACGACUGCUGAAGGCGGGGGUAUCGGCAGAAGAAGUGACGUCUCUCACUAAUGGGAGGGCAACAGAUGCAUAUAAGAAGCUAGCACGGCUGGAUCAGGUAACAGGAAAAUGUUCUCCAUCCUCUCGACUACAAUUCCGUGUCAUAUAUGAUAUUUUACCAGGAGAAUGGAAGGUGAUGGAUGUUUACCUUCCUCGGACGUGUCGGCUAGGGGACUUUGAGGACACCAUGCUCCGUCAUCGACUUGUGUUGGACCUGAGGCAUCCCACAUCACUUUCGUAUGAAAAUUUACCCGAAAACCUGGGAAGCCCUCCGGAGGGAUCACAGUCUGGUGCCGAAUCGCGAAUCCUUACCAAGAAGCCAGGCUUGUGCAAGAAAGUUUGGGCGUACAAGAUAGCCGAGGGGGAUCAGAGUGAUACAGAAAGGAGGAACUUUGAAGGAUGGAAAGCACUGUGCGAUGAGCAGGACUUCACGGACCUCAUGCAAGCUUUGUUGAAAGACGGAUCGAAAGAAGCUAAAAUGGCAAUUGAAAUCACCCUUGAGACGGCGAAGCGGAUGAUAGAAAGACAGAGUGAAACAGAAGUAUAUAAAAAGUCGACAUUCUACACAUGGGAUGGAGAGUUGGAUAACUCCAGUGACAUGGGAGAGGCCAACAGUAACAUGGCAGUUGACGGAUGCAUGCCAAUCGCUGAUGUCUUUGACUGGAGCCAACUGAUAGACGAGGAGGUUGCACAAUGGGAGGAGGAUUCUCCAAACUAG